AUGGGUGAAUUCCUAUUCAACAUCGACCAUGGAUAUCUCGAGGCUCUUAUCCGAGGAUUCAAAGGAGGCCUGCUAUCUCAGACAGAUUAUGCUAAUUUAGUUCAGUGCGAAACCUUAGAGGAUUUGAAGCUUCACAUACAGUCAACUGAUUAUGGUAACUUCUUGGCUAAUGAGCCUGGAUCAAUCACUGUGCAAGUGCUCGAUGAGCGUCUGAAAGAGAAGCUGGUCACCGAAUUCACUCAUCUCAGAAAUAAUGCGCUGGAACCUCUUGCUACUUUUCUCGACUAUAUCACGUAUUCGUACAUGAUCGACAAUAUCAUCCUUCUCAUCACCGGUACCCUUCACCAGCGCCCAAUUUCUGAGCUCAUCAGCAAAUGUCAUCCACUCGCUAACUACUUUGUUGACUGUAUCAACGAACAGGAUUUGGAUGAGAUGAACGUGGAACUGAUUAGGAAUACUUUGUAUAAAGCGUAUAUCGAAGAUUUCUACAAAUUUUGCAAGAAGUUGGGCGGCACUACCGCUGAAGUCAUGUGCGAAAUCCUUGCUUUUGAAGCUGAUCGCCGAGCAAUUAUCAUUACCAUCAAUUCAUUCGAUACAGAAUUGAGCAAAGAUGAUCGCGAGAAGCUAUACCCCAGAUGUGGAAAAUUGUAUCCAGAAGGUUUGGUUGGACUUGCUCGAGCAGACGAUUACGAGCAGGUCAAACAAAUGUGUGAAUACUACUCUGAUUACAAGCCUCUGUUCGAAAAUUCUGGAAAUGCUGCUGGAGAAAAGACCUUGGAGGACAAAUUCUUCGAAUAUGAGGUGAAACUCAACGUGUUGGCGUACCUAAACCAAUUCCACUUUGGCGUUUUCUAUGCCUUCAUUAAACUGAAGGAACAAGAGAUGCGCAACAUCAUCUGGAUUGCUGAAUGCAUAUCACAGCGACACCGCACCAAGAUUGACAACUAUAUUCCUAUUCUGUAAGGUGCAGCAGUUCAUAUUUCUCCGUUGAUUCUGGCCACGCAUACUCAAUUGAUUCCGAGUAACACAGUCCGCUUCUGUUUGUCAGGUGGUCGCUGCGAUUUGUUGCUCGUUCAUUGGUAGAUCCUCUUCGGUUUCUAUAUUUCUAGUACUACAAGCCCCUGUCUGUGACUUGAUCGUGAUCAUUCCAUGUAUGAUACUAUAUUCUAUCAAGCCAGCUCAUCUUGCUGCGAACUGUAUAUUAGAGGAAGAGAGUUUCUAUCUGAACAUUGUAUUGUGAUUCUGUCUGAGUG